UUGUUUUUAAUUAUCAGUUAGUUAUUACGGCGAAGUGUGAAAUAUAAAAUAAUAACUGAUCAUUUAUAUUUUUUGUAUUGGUCAUUUCAUAAAAUAUAAAUAUGAAACGUUUUUUGGUGGCUACGUCUUCAACAGACAACAAUUUUUCAACAAAAAAAAGCUAUUGACGAUCCUGACUCAUAAGUGGAAGAUGAAGUUUUACCAACAGAAGCUAAUCAAAUAAAUGUAUCCACAAAUUAUUUAUUUAAUGGCGAAUUCUACAGUAUCAUAUCCAAUGAUGGCAAAAAAUUAAUUGCGAAAUGUGUUAAUUGUUUGAAACCCAUACAAGGCCAGGUUAAUUCUACUGGAAAUUUUCUUAGUCAUAUUAAGGUUUAUCAUGUAUUGGUGUCGCCGGUAUAUCGGCAUAUUAUAUAUUUACAAGAUACUCUAAAUCAUCCACGGCUAAUGAAAUGCAAAAUAUAAAAGAGGAAUUGGAGGAUGACAAGAAUAAUCAGUGUUUUGAAGCAGGAGAUUUCAAUACACCGCAAUUGAAAUCUAUAGAAGAACUGUAUAAAGACGCACUUCUAGAAUUACAAAGUAAGCGGCAUUUAGCGGUUGAGAAUAUUAAGAACAUGGCAUUUGAAGAAAUUAAACAGGACCCGAGUUUGUGGGCAGCGUACGUCCGCGGAUGGGAGGACAGAACUGCGGACGUUCACCUCAACCCGUCCCUCAUCACCAGCCCACGAACACUUCGGCAGAGUGACGAGAAAACUGACGAGAAAACUGCUGGCUGCAAACCUGAUAAACCGAAACUGGGACCUGCUACCACCUCCUCUCAAACCCCAGAGCCUGCACAAAGAAAGAAACCCUUAUCAACGCAGCAGAUGACAAGGAAAAAUAAGCGGGACCAUGCGAGGAUGGAAGAGUUCUUGGCGAAAAAAAGGGCUCAAGAAAGCGGACCGCCACCGCCAACCAAGUGACCUGCUGCCACUCAAUAACCGCGAACUAUACCUAGCAAGAUAUUAUGGGCUGACAGCAACUCGACGCGUGGGGCCGCUGUCCCAUAAAGUAUCAUUUUCUACUAUCAUUAUAACCGCCUCAUUUUUCAUUUUGUUUUCAACGCCUUCAAACACCAUUAUCAUUCAUACUACACCUUGGCCGGUAUUCGUUGUUUUUGUAUAAUACCUAUUAUAGCAUAUUAUUAGUGUCAUUAUUAUUUAUGUACGCCAGUAAACACAUAGGUGCAGCCGUGCUCGUAUCCUGUGAUAUUGCGGUUGAUAUAUUAUUAUUUAUGUAUUUGUUUUUUUUUUUUGCAGUGACCCUUU